AUGCCGUCAAACAUGAUGUUUGGGACCGAUGACGUGGACCGCGUCGAGGCUCCUGUUACCACUAGGGCAUACAUUCUCUGUGCCUUCGCGUCCUUUGGAGGUAUCCUCUUUGGAUAUGACUCCGGUUAUGUCAACGGAGUCCUGGGCAUGGACUAUUUCAAGAAGACCUUUGGGCACCCUGUUCCCCUGGACGUCGACAAGUCUGGAUACAACAUUGCAACCUGGCAAAAGUCCCUGAUAGUGUCCAUCCUCUCCCUGGGAACUUUCAUCGGCUCUGUAGCUUCCGGUUCUAUCGCUGAGCGAAUUGGCCGCCGUUUAACCAUUAUGAUGGCCUGCUUAUUGUUUGGCGUCGGUGUCGCGAUCCAAGUUGGCGCAACCAAAGUUAAUGAUCUCGUCGGUGGCCGUCUGGUCGCUGGACUUGGCGUUGGUGCCAUCUCUUCCGUUGUCAUUCUGUAUGUCUCUGAAAUCGCUCCCAAGCGGUUCCGCGGUGCCAUGGUCUCUAUCUAUCAGUGGGCCAUCACCAUAGGCCUUUUGAUCGCCGCAGUCAUCGACAAGGCAACGGAGAAACUCAACACCCCGGCAUCCUACCGCAUCCCUAUUGGAAUACAGCUCAUCUGGGCCCUCAUUCUCGGUGUCGGCCUUGGCUUCCUUCCUGAAUCUCCUCGUUACUUCGUCAAGCAGAAGAAGAACGAACAUGCUGCUGCUUCCCUCUCCCGUAUCCGUAACCUGCCUGUCGAAUCGGAGUAUGUCAAAACUGAACUUGCUGAGAUUGCUGCCAACUAUGAAUAUGAGUCCAAAAUCAGCAGCACCAGCUGGCUUGAUUGCUUCAGAGGAGGUCUUCGUCCAAGUGGAAAUCUUCGUCGCGUAAUCCUGGGCACUGCAUUGCAAAUGUUCCAACAGCUAACUGGCGUCAACUUUAUUUUCUACUACGGAACUACCUUCUUCCAACAAAGCGGCCUGCAAAACCCCUUCCUCAUCUCUAUCAUCACCAACGUCGUCAACGUCGCAUCCACUCCUAUCUCCUUCUACACCAUCGAGCGCUUCGGUCGCCGCAACCUUCUCAUCUGGGGCGCCUUUGCCAUGCUCCUUUGUGAAUUCAUCAUUGCUUCUGUCGGCACUGCUCUCCCUGGAUCGAAUGUAGCCUCCACGUGUCUCAUCGUAUUCGUCUGUCUCUAUAUACUGGGAUUUGCCUCGACCUGGGGACCUGGCGCUUGGGUGCUGAUUGGCGAGAUCUUCCCCUUACCAAUCCGCGCACGAGGCGUUGCUCUGUCCACCGCCUCUAACUGGCUCUGGAACUACAUCCUGGCCCUCGUAACCCCUUACCUCGUCGAUGCUGAAAAGGCCAACUUGGGUUCGAAAGUUUUCUUCAUCUGGGGCACAACCUGCACUCUCUCCAUGCUCUUCUCUUAUUUCUUCGUCUACGAGACCAAGGGUCUAUCGCUCGAGCAAGUCGAUCGCAUGUUUGAAGAGAGUAAUCCCAGAGCCAGUGGCAAAUGGAAGCCCACAGAGACCUUUGCUAGUCGCAUGGGCAUGAUUAGACCUGAGUAUGCGCCUACAUCUGCACCUGAGCCUACUUCUGCUCCUGGGCAUAUGUCCAGCACAGCUGAUAGUUCCCCUAUUGUGCCUCAUCAAGAAGCUACCGAGGUUAAGAAUGAUGCUGAAAUUGAGACUUCCUAA